AUGGCCUCCUCGUUCUCAGAUGCUGCUGCUCUUCGCCUUGCAUUGGCCGAACUCGAUGCAGGAAUCAAGAAUGCCGUGAAAAAUGGGGGAAUAAAAGAGUACAUCCAAUCGGUGAAGAGGAAAGUGAAACAACUCUUCGAAGCUCAAAAACUCGGCGUUUUUCGCGAGGUCUUUGAAGAGUUUGGUACAUUUUUAUGGAAUGUCGUCAUAGAAUACAAUACAACUCGAAAGCAGAACACGUUCAAUCUCGACGCGUUUCUUCAAACCCAUAGGCUGAAGCUUCAACAGCUGGAGAUGGCGGAUAUAUCAAAGGACAAAACGGCUGCCAAUGCUAAAGUUCCCGCCGCCGCUAACGUUCCCGCCACCGCCAAAGUUCCCGCCCCUGCUAAAGUUCCCGCCGCCACUAAGGUUUCCGCCGCCCCUUUUCCGACAAAGGCAAAUCCCGACGCCUCUGCUUUGAAGGGAGGCUUUGAGUCCAGCUUUAAGGGAGCAGUUGGAUCCGCUGUUUCUUUAAAAUCUUCUGCAUCUAAGGACAACAUCACUCAUCAAAAAAAACCCAUGCCCGUCAAACUUCCCGAGCCUGUUGAACGCCCCGCGCCUGUUGAGCGCCCCGUGCCUGUCGAACGCCCCGCGCCUGUCAAGAAGGCCAACCCUUCCGCUAGUCGUGAUCCAGCCUUGAAUACAUCUGGACCGGCGACAAAACAUGUCAAGCCCCUCCCAAAAUCCGAUGGUUUGAAGCUCACAAACCUUGAGGAAAUGGUGGAGCACCUAGAGAAGACGGUCAGCGAUAAAAAGUCAAAGUCAAAAAAGAUCAAGUCCGCUACUGCCGCUGCCAACGCCGAUCCCGACUUGACGCUCGCCGAGAAGUACCAUGUCUUAGCACUACAGGCUAUGGACCAACCUGAUUCGCCUAUGCACGAUUUUCAGAAAAAGAAGCAACUUUCAAAGCGUGCCAAUUCGGAGGAUCGGGAGAAUUGGCACGACUCCGCGUCGGAGUGGAAGGAAUCCGAAACCUCGCAUCAUGAAACCCCCGCUAAUGGCUCCAAGAGGAAGAGGAAGAAUUCGGAAACUGCUGACCCGAAGUGCAAGCGGUGCAUACAAAUGGAUUUUGAGUGUAAGGAGCGGAAUUGUGUUUGGAAGAAGGGUGGUUUGAAGGCAUGUUUUGAGUGUUGGAGAGACAAAAAGAAGUGUUCAUUGCGUGACUCCGAAAUGGGUGAAGGAGACGUUGCGGCGGGCAAGGGGAAGGCAAAGCCCAGCAAAAACCCCUCCAAACAUGCUUUGUUGUCGAAAGCUCAGGCUACCAAGGUCAAGUCAGCCAAGUACAUCGAGUCCAGCGGUGAUGAAGAACCGUCCCGCUCACCGCCAAAGAAGAAGAAAAAAAUGUCGGACACUGUUCAAUCGAAAGGGAAAGCGUCGGAGGCUGUCAACAAUCAGACCGACGACGAUAUUGAGUUUAUUGAAGUCCCACCAAAGGAAAAAAUCCGCAAAGUCCAUCCCGACGACAAUAUUCCACGAGAAGGCCCACAAACCGUCAAGAAAACUAUGCCCCCCAAAACUCACACUCAAGGUCGCAAGAUAUCCGAAAUUGAGUCCGACGAUGACUCUGACUUGGAAAUAAAUAAAUCCGUUGCAAGUCAUAAUACAUCAGUAAUAUUGAAAAACCGGAAUCCGACACCUGUCCCGACAUUUCAAGCCGCCGCCCAGAUUCCGCAAGAUCUUGCUGGCCACCCAUUCAUUGCCGACCUAGUAAAACGGUUGACCGCUGUAGAAAAUAAGCAGAAAUCCUAUGAGGAACAUUGUGCUGAUCUCUACGCACAGGUCGAGGACAUCAAAAAUGAAGUUGAAGAAAUCGAAAAGUCCGUUGGCCAUCACCAAGUCAAGGUAUGGAACCAAGACGAACAAAUCAACUCCGUUGAGCGAUCUGUCGCACACCACAAGCAACUUGCCGAUGGAACGUCGGGAUUGUUGAACCAAACAAUCGUGAUGUUGAAGAGUGUGCGAAAGGGCCUUGCAAAACUUCAAGGGCGCAUGGAUGGGGUUGUGGAAAGGUUGGACGAUGUGGAGGGGAGAUUGGUGGAUUAUCCCAACUUGGACUCACAAUCAGAGUUUGAGUCGGGCAAUUUGGGGUCAUCACAUUCUAGUGAAUCCGCGGAUGCACUAGAUGCCCACCCCACAGAUGUUGAGACAGAGGCGGACACCAAUGACGCCACCACCAACCCAAUUGGAGUUGAAACCGAUGAAGAUGCCGACGCCGACGCCGACACUGACACUGAAAUUACCCCCGAGGGUAAAAUCAAUGCCGACGCCAACUCAGACGCCAACGACGACGCCGACGCCGACACAGAAAUUACCCCAGAAGGUAAAACUAAUGCUCCAGCGGCAUUUCCAGUGAGCGGCACCACCUCAGAUAAUACAAUAGACACCGACACAUCUAGCGGCACUGGGGUUGUUCCCGCCGCAGCCUCCAAUACUGGUGACAAUAACUUCUUGAACCACAGCGCCGACAACAACUUCAAUGACAGUGUGGAAUCAGGCUCUAAUAUGAGUCUUGAAUCCGAGUUGUCCAACACCUCCAAUGCCGACAAGGUUGCCUCAAAAACUGGCGUUUUGCCCGACUACAGGUCGGAUACUUCCCCUUCUCCAGCAGCGCCAAAGUUGGAUGCCGACAAAGACUUGUGA